AUGACCUCGGGGUCCGGGCUGCAGGUUUUAUUGGACAGAGACAAGUAUACGGUGCAGCUGGAACCAGAUGUUGGUUUGAUCGCAGGGCGGAGGGGAGCGAAGGGGAAAGUGACGCCACCUGUGGAGGGAGGCGCCGCUGUAGGUGACCAUCUGGUGGAGGUGCUAAAGGUAAUGAUCGCUGGUGGGCUGCAGUAUCUUCUCUGUGGAAGUAGGUACUGAAGAUAUGAUCCAUGCAAAACAUAAAUAGAUAAAGAAGGAGACUGACUGGAUUUCUGGUUCUGAGAACAAACAAAGAUGAGCAAAAAGUUCCAGUCACCAUCGAGGAACUUUAGUUUUAUUUUUGCAAACCUCAACCUCGGGCUGGGCGACAAACUCAAAAUUUACUGAUACCGGAAUUUAUGACAAUACCCGACGUCAUUCUGUAGAUGCCAGUUCUUUGACCUUUAUAGUAUUUGUGUAUUGUGUGGAGGGGGUGGAAGUGGUACGUCAGCACUGGUAGUAGUGAAGUCAGCUGUUCACCUGGCAGGUUUUGUGAAUGAACGGAGAGAGGGUGAAUGGGGGAGUCCUGCUUUUUGCUGACCACGUAUGUUUCGCCCAAAGGUCCUUACACACCGGGGCCGACGCGAAUAUAGAACGCGAAAUUACGAAAAAUUCAGAGGCGAAUUUUGACGCGCCUGACUAUACACAUCAAGCCCGAUGCGAUUUUGCGACUUUCAUGCGAUGUUCCUUCCCACAGCAGUCUGGACUUCGGCCCAUUGGGAGCGUGUAUUAGCGAUCAGAAAAUAACCGGGCCAAUCACUGACUUUGUUUCCACUGUUCCCCGGACAACAGGGAAAGGCAGCCCCUGAUUGGUCCAUGUGUAGAGGGUGAUGUCUAACACAUGCUGUGGGACUUUUCAAAGAAUAAUAAUGCAGCUUCACUUAGACUUAUUUAGAUGAGCAAUUUAAUUACAAAUACUCUCAUACAAGGUAACUCCAAAACUGCCCGGCGUGCGCGGAUUUUAUAACCCAAAUGUUGGCAGGCAUGCCUAAACCUGACUGUGCAAACACACAAACCAGAUUACAGUCACAACAACCUCCAGAUGGAAGCAAAUAAAGGACCUGGACUACAUCAGAGGAUUUACACUCAACCAUUUUUUAGUUUAUGAUGCUGGGAAUCUGAAAAUAUGUCAAACGGUCAACCAUAGAGACAGCAACGUAGUGUUUCCUGCAUUUCUUGCCUUUGCAGAGGUGCUAAAUGUGCACACACCAGCAGCGAAGCCUCAAGGAAGCGUUCAGUUAAAAGAUUCAUUCAUGAGACCGUCGAGUCUGCGAGGAGGAGGUCAAACCCUGACGACAGAACGACACUAAAGUUCGAGAGACACAAAAACUCCUUCCAGAUGUCCUCCGAGCGGAGAGGAGGUUGA